UCGUAGCAAGUCAGUAUGUAUAAAGUUAUUGAUGCAACACGUACACCAUAUUAACUGUGUCAUAGAUCUGACAUCCUAAUUUCUAUUAUCGCUCUGAUUUUAUCCGGCAUUUUUAGAGGCUUCAGUAAAUUUUUAUUUUUGUGUACUGGAAGGAUGUUGUCUGUGAGAAAGGCUUCCUCGUUUGCACCAAUUACUAUACGAUUCGCUCGCAUGUGUACAGGUGACUUGGGAUCAGGUGCUGGAAAAGGUGGAGGUGGCGGUGGUUCUAUCCGUGAUGCUGGUGGUUCAUUCGGAAGAAUGGAAGUUGCUCACGAGGAAGAAUAUUUUCACAAACAGCGCCAGGAACAAUUACAUAAACUGAAGGAAAAUUUAAUUAGGCACGAGGAUUUUCACGCAGAAUCGAUUAAGCAUCAUGAGGAAGCUAUUGCUCGUCACAAGAAAGCUAUUGAGGCGUUGAAGAAGAAAUAAAUGUUCUACAUCACAAAUUGAAAUAUUUGGACUGUUUGCUUUGUCGCACAUUGUGUUUGAUCGGUGAAUAAUAAAGCUAUAUAUCAUUUAA